UCUUGAUCAUUUGCUCGGUGAUUAUCAUGUGUUACGCAAUUUUGAGAAAACACUUCGCAAUGAAUGCUUUUUCCGAAAAAGUUCGUAAGCUGCAAACAAAGUUAUCAAAGGGCAUACUUAUGCAGAUUCUCAUUCACGCUGUGAUCCUAGCACUCAUGAGUUUAGUCAGUCCAGUUAUGCUUCUUUUUGAUUUAGUCAUCGAAAGUAUGGAAACAAAAAGAGUAGUCUUCGGAGUUUACAUAUUGAUUGUUUGCUUGAUUUUCUCGUGGUAUCCUGUGGCUACUGGCCUUAUCAUUCGCUGGUCGAUAAUGGGAUUCUUGACAAAAAAGAAGAAACAACCGCGAACAUCUGCUGUAUUCUCGCAGGUCCCGGUCGGGCAGAUGACCAAGGCGGGCAAGCGGGCAUCGCGGCGUUGCUUUAUACUGCGACGACGACAGACAUCCUAA